AUGGGUGCCGUGAAGCUCAACUCCAAGAACCUGGCCCAGAUCAAGGCCGCCAACCCUUCCAUUGAGAUCCCCACAUUCAAGCGCGGCGAUGCUGUCAAGGAGGGAAUCGUCCACGUUGGCGUGGGUGGUUUCCACCGUGCCCAUCUGGCUGUUUACAUCAACCAGUUGAUGGAGCACCAUGGCUUGACCGACUACGCAAUCUGCGGUGUUGGCUUGCAACCGUUCGAUGCUGGCAUGCGCGAUGCCCUCAACUCCCAGGACUGUCUCUACACCGUCGAGGAGCGUUCCGCGACUGGGAGUGUUGCCAAAGUUAUGGGUGGCAUUAACUCAUACCUCUUUGCUCCCGAUGACCGUGAGGCUGUUAUUGCGAAGAUGGCUCACCCCGAUACCCACAUUGUCUCUCUUACCAUCACUGAGAGUGGCUACUUCUACAACGAAAACACACAUCAAUUGCAGGUCGAGAACCCCGACAUUCAACACGAUCUUGAUACCAAGAACCUCCCCAUCACUACCUUCGGUUUCCUUCACCACGCCAUGGCCCGCCGUCGCGAGCAAGGCCUGAACCCAUUUACUGUUAUGUCUUGCGACAACAUGCAGGGCAACGGUGCUAUUACUCGCAACAUGCUUACCUCCUUCACCCGUAUUAUCGAUCCUUCCCUUGCAGACUGGAUCAACACCAAGGGCCACUUCCCUAAUGCCAUGGUCGACCGUAUUACUCCCUCCACAGCCCCCGCCGAUAAGGUUUCCCUCGCCGAGCAGUUCGGCAUCGAGGAUGCCUGGCCCAUCGUCACCGAGCCCUUCAUGCAGUGGGUUAUCGAAGAUCACUUCUGUGACGGUCGCCCUCCCUUCGAGAAGGUCGGAGUUCAGAUCGUUAAGAACGUUCAAAAUGUCGAGGAGUUCGAGAAGCACAAGCUCCGUCUGCUCAACGGUAGCCACGCCAUUAUUGCCUACGGUGGCCAAUUAGCAGGAUACAAAUAUGUUCACGAAGUGAUGGAGAACCCCCUGUUCGCCAAGUUCGUUUGGAAUCAAAUGCAGCAAGAAGUGAAGCACACACUCCCCGACAUCGAGGGUCACGACGUCAACAAGUACUGCGAAACCCUCAUUGAGCGCUUCGCCAACCCCCCGAUCCGCGAUCAGCUCCCCCGCAUCUGUGGUGGUGGUACCGGUAAGAUUCCCCAGUUCAUUAUGCCCACUAUCGCUGAGGCUAUCUGGGUGACCGGUCCCUUCCGUCGUCUGUGUUUCACCGCCGCCACUUGGUUCCACUACAUCCACGGUGUCGAUGACAAUGGCAACAAGUUCGAGGUUCAGGACGCUAUGCUCGAUGAGCUCCGCGCUCUUGCUAAGCCCGGUGACCCCAACGGUCUGCUCAGCAUCAAGAACCUGUUCGGUGAUGAUCUGCGCGGCGACAAGCGCUUCGUGGAGACUAUCACCAUCGCCUUGGAGGAUAUCGCGCGCGAUGGCGUCAUCAAAUCUCUCCCCAAGUAUAUCGACUAA